AGGAGAAAAUGCUCGGGAGUAUUAUCAUCUAAAUAUAUUGGUUAUUAGGAUUUUGAUUGUUUCAAAUGUAUAUAUCCAUGGAAAGGCUUCUGCAACCAUCGUCUUCUUCCACAAUCUCUCCUUCCAAAUUCCCCUGGAGGAGGAAUCUCCCUCUCCUUCCUCGUCUCCGCUUUGUCUCUUCGAACAGACCCGAGUCACGCCGAGUCAGCUCCAUUUCCUGCAGCAGUCUCCAGAACCCAUACGUGGGAUCUAAUAAGACUAACAAUUCCCUGAAUGUAUCUCUCGAAGCAGGAGAAUCGAAACCUAAUCAUGGGUUUCUCCAACGGAUCGUCACCACGGCUGCUGAACAGCAAAAGACGUUAUCUACUGGAAGAAUGGUCGUAUUGAUAUCUGCAGUAGUUGUUCUUUUGCUUAACCCGCUUCUUGCGCCACCCGCUUUCGCUACCUUUCAAACCGUAGCUAAAACCGGUUGGCUAACAAGUGCAUGGACCGGUUUCCUCGCUGGUUGCUUACACACUCUCUCAGGACCAGACCACCUCGCUGCUCUAGCUCCGCUUUCGAUCGGACGCACCAGUAUGGAGAGUGCUGCUGUUGGAGCUCUCUGGGGAUGCGGGCACGACGCUGGUCAAGUCAUCUUCGGUUUACUUUUCCUGCUACUCAAAGACCGGCUCCACGUCGAGGUGUUGCAAACUUGGGGGACAAGAAUCGUGGGGUUGACGCUUGUCAUCAUAGGAGCAAUGGGAAUCAAAGAAGCUUCCGAAGUAGUACCUUGUGUCGCCUUGGAAACGGGCAUGGUAGCAGCAGAGAAAGAGGCAUUGAUGAUGCCUCCCCUCAAGAAGAAGAAAAUAGGGUUUGCUACGUUUGCGACUGGAGUGGUUCACGGGUUACAACCGGAUGCUCUGAUGAUUGUGUUGCCUGCUUUGGCUCUGCCGUCUCGGUUAGCCGGGUCUGCGUUUCUGAUAAUGUUUCUGGUUGGUACGGUGGUGGCUAUGGGGAGUUACACAGCGUUUAUUGGGUCGUGUAGUGAGGCAUUGAAAGAGAAGGUGCCAAGGAUCACAGAGAAGUUAACUUGGGUUUCGUCUGUUGUGGCAAUAGGUCUUGGUUUGGGUAUUGUCAUUAGCCCUUUCUUUGGUUUUAGCCUCUACUGAGAAAGUAAAAGCCUCUUCAGAGACCAGUUUUAACAUUUGUUGUAGCUCUAGAAAACCAGAGAACUUUUCUUGGCCCAUUCAUUUUACAAGUACUUGCAUUCCUAUUAAUAUAGUUUAACAUAAACAUUAAUAUAAAUUACUCAUAUAAAUGUAACAGAUUUUGUUGCAUAA